AGUCCGGAAGUGCAAUCGCGCCCGUCUGGCCUGGGCUGGGGUUGCCGGGGUCGCGAGGCCGGCAUGGCCGCGCUGCGGAGGCACGUGUUUAUUGGAAAAGUGCUGCAGAAACUUUAUCCUGAGGUUCCACGAGGCCAAGAAAAGAGGUCCCCAGUGACUCCGGCCUCCAGAAACCCACCUGAGAAAGUGGUUCCUGAGAGAGGGAAGGGCAGGAGCGUCCCCUCUGUGACAGGUGGUGACACUCAUGUCCAGCCUGCACGACGGCUCUACACCGUGGGCCUGCCUCCUGAGGGGUGGGUGCCCCCUCCACCAGAGCCCCCCAGCUGCUCGAGUCCCGAGAGCUCCUCCAGCAGCGAGGACACAGGAGAUCAGGAGCUUCAUGAACCACCAAAGAGAAGAAGAGUUAGAAAGCAUAAAUCAAAGAAAAAAUUUAAAAAUCCCAAUAACAUUCAUGUAGAACAAGCAGAAUUAGAGAAACAGCAGAGUCUUUUGCAAGAAAAAUUGCAGCCACCGCACACAGAGGGCCCCACUAUAAGCAAAAAUAAAAAAAGGAAACUGAAAAAGAAACAGCAAAUUAAAAGGAAGAAAGCAGCUGGCUUACUAACAGGAGCCUCUGGCGUCAACUUCAUGUACCAGCCUGAGGAUACCGGCAGCGAGCAGGACGACGUGAGAGCGAGCGGCGGAGAGGACGUCCCGGACGCCGGGGAGGAUGGGGCCACGGACGCCAGAGAGGAAGAUGUUGAAGGUGCCAAUGAGAAGGCAGAGAGUAUCCUGAACUUUUUGAAGUCAACACAAGAAAUUUAUUUUUAUGAUGGUGUCUCCAAGGAUUCAGAUUCAGCUGUCUUUAUGGAAACCACUGAAGAGCUAUUUAAACAUCUUGAAACUCACAGCAUGUCCUCCUCGGAUGUGUUCAUUCUGGAUCACAUGAAAACGCUGUUACUUUUGCAAGACACUGAAAGACUGAAGAGUGCCCUGGAAGUGUUCCCAGAACAUUGCAGGAUGCCACCCGCAUGGAUGCCCCAUUCUCCAGGGCUCUUCUUCCCCAUCACCCCUCUGUGUCCUUAAGGGGUGUCUUUCCCACCAAGUAGAACCUUCUAGAGGCAGGUGAAACAUCAAGGAUGCCCUGCUGGCUCUGGAGCUCUGUCAGCCUGAGACUAGUUGCUGUGAAGCUCCUGAGCUUAAUAAAGGUUGGCAAGUGGAGCCGCCAACCAGGCCUGGACACCAGGAUGGGCCACCAACCAGGAUGGCCCACCAACCAGAAUGGCCCAUGAAACUGAUGGCCCACUAACCAGGAUGCACCACCAACCAGGAUGGGCCACCAACCGGGAUGUCCCACCUACCAGGAUGGAUCCCAACCAGGAUAGGCCACCAAGCAGGAUGGCUCACAAACCACAAUGGGCCACCAACCAGGAUGUCCCACCAACCGGGAUGUCCCACCUACCAGGAUGUCCCACCUACCAGGAUGGGCCACCAACCAGGAUGGUACACCAACGGGGAGAGCCCACCAACUGGGACAGGCCCACCAUCCCCCAAGGUCUGCAUCCUUGAGAAUAGACAAUGGACCACUGUCUCCAUGGAGCUGGAAACAGGACACAGCCACACCGGGAAGUGCGAGCUUUGGGCAGCGUCCUGUCCACACCCACGAUGACCUUCAUCUCAUUUCCCCCUGGGCAGAGACAUGAUCUGCUGUCACCACUGCCUCUUCCUCCUCGCUGAGACAUGACAUCGGUGAGGUCAGAGGCCCAGGAAUUGUGUCCCCUUCACCACAGGGCUGAGAGGUCACUGGCAGGCAGGUAAGGUCAGCCUACUGCUUCCUUUCCAGAACCUCCUACUGCCUCAGGUGGGACGCCUGGCUUUCUGAUUCGCCAGAUUGUAAUCCUUCCAUUAAGGUGCCUCUUAAUUAAUGACACAUGUUUGCCAGUAUGAAAAUAAAUUAAAUAUUGGCAGAUUCAUAAUUUCCCAUUAAUUCUCAACAUCCAAUUUGUAUCUUUUAGUUAUGCACAAUUUACAUCUUUUCCAUGCCCAGCAAGUGGAUACACUAUUGAUGGAUUCCAGGGAGAACGUCUAAUUUGCAGACAGACUUGACCCUUUACUUGAUUCUUUCUGGUCUCAGCACAGAAUUCCUGUAAACUCUCCUCCUGACAGCUCAUUGAGUUUUACUUUGUCCGUUUCUCUGAGCACACCCUGAAAAUAUAGAGGAACAGGUUGUACGUGAACAGGUGGAUGACCAGGGGUAAUCAGUUUUGUGUAUCAUUCUAAUUUCAAAAAGAA